GGUUCAUUGACUCACCCAGUCACCCACCGUGGGUAUUGCGCCAAAAGAUAUUGACGACAUCUAUUAUUCCUGUCCCGGUACCGUGCCUUGCUAUUGGCCCACAGGGUGUAUAACCUUGAGGUGAUUCAUCUCACUAAGUGAGACUCUUUCCUCGCCGGAUGACAUAUCUCCACUCUCCCACCACAACCACUACGUAAGGGAAGGCCAUCAUGGCCGAACAGGCGUCAGAACUUGAACAAUUCCGCCAGCAAUGGAAAGAAGAAGUCAGUGCCCGCACAAGAAAGCCGGAGAAGAAGCCUCUAUCAUCAGCACAGCACAGACAGAGAAGGACCAGCGAUGGCCGACCCGAGAGACCCGUCAACAAGCCCCCAACUCGACAUCCAGCGGCAGAUAUUAAACAGGAGGAUUCCGACCACUAUAGCGAUGCAGAUCAGGCCCGCGGUAGCAGCUUGGCCACGAUCCAGCAGCGCACAGAAACACUGAAAAUCCAUAAUGUGGACGACGAUGAUUUCACUGCGAGUGCCUCGUCCAAGAAAGAACCCAUCAGCGCGUUGGAACAUUUCGAGCGCGCCGUCGAGAAGGAGAGUCAGGGGAAUUUGGGCGACAGUCUCUCCCACUACCGCAAGGCGUACAAGCUCGAUUCAAAGGUUGAUCAAUCAUACAAGAACAAGCAUUUUCCUCAGACAGCCAAGUCAAAGACAUCCAACCCAAACCCUUCCAACGCUCCUGUCACCGUCCCUUCCACCGCCCACCACUCCCUCAAAGAACCUGGCCCAGAGACUCUCACUUUUGCUCAACUGAUCAACACCUUUGCGCACGCUCAAAUUGAAGCUGCACCGCCCGUCAUUGAAGGUGACCGUCCUCCGCCUUGCGGUAUCAAGAAACUCCCCACAGAAGUAUUGUUGGAGUUGCUAGAACACGUAGCAAUCCGCGAUCCAGCCAUUUUUGUUCGGCUAUCUUUGGUCUGCAAGAAGCUGGCAUAUCAUGUCACAACCGAUAACGCCGUUUGGAAAUGUGUGGCGCUGGGUCCUGAGUUUGGUCUCGCCGGUCAACGAUACGACUUCAACACCGACUUGCAAGGUCGCGAAAUCACCUUCCGCGCACUAGAUGAGGAUCCUGCAGAUGGGGACUCGUCCUCUCCUUUACGUGUGACGGAACUUCCAUUCCCAAAGGACACCAUCUGGCGAGAAGUCUUCCACAACUAUCCCCGCAUUCGCUUCACGGGCGUGUACAUCUCUACUGUUAACUACACUCGGCCGGGUGCUGCUUCUGUCACAGCAAGCACCUGGACCAACCCGGUCCACAUCGUCACGUAUUACAGGUACCUGCGCUUCUUCCGCGACGGUACCUGCAUAUCUCUUCUCACCACCAACGAGCCCAUUGAAGUGGUCCAUCACCUGACACCAGAGAACCUGACCUUCGUCCGCUCGGGAAAGAAGGAAGCAGCACACCCUUUGAACUUCACCUCCUCUGCACCCGCCCUCCUCAAAGACUCCGGCUCAUCUGCUAGCGCAGCCGCCGGCAGCGGAGCUGGCACCAACACAGCCGCACCCCCGCCAUCUGCCCGAGAUGUCAUGAAACACGCUCUCCGGGGCCGCUGGCGCCUAUGUCACCCGAGCCUCGACUUCCCAGCCUCGGAGUCUACGAACCCGAGCCACGGCCAAGACCAUACAGCCCCAUCUUCCAACCCUACACCCACCAUGUCUCCAGGCGACUUGCACAUCGAAACCGAGGGCGCCGGCCCACGAUACAUGUAUACGAUGCACCUGUCCCUGAAGUCCGCGGGCUCCGCGCGCUCAAGGCACACCACCAAGAACAACAAGCUGGUGUGGAAAGGGUUCUGGAGCUACAACGUGCUCACCAACGACUGGGCCGAGUUCCACCUGAGAAACGACAAGCCCUUUUAUUUCUCCCGCGUCAAGGGCUACGGACUGGGCUAUUGAAUGCCCAGGCUUUGAGCGUCGGCUUUUAAAUGAUCGAGCUCCAUUGUGGGGACGGGGUCGCACGCACUGAAGCAUAUGGGUACACGAGCACAUAAUGUGGAAGGGAGAGAUAGAGCAUCUAGGAUAUCGAUAUUGGUCGCUAGAGGGACCUGGGGCGCUUGCAGGCUUGGGGCCCUCAUAUACGGAAGAAUCCUAUACGUAGCCCAUGUCAUGGCACGAGAUAUAGAGCGUGUAUCCAGAGGCCAUAUGCGCGUUAUGUAUCUCGCUACUUACGCGCCUUCACCAACUCCAUACAUACCGAGUACAGUAGGUACAAGGUUACAGGCUCUCGACGCUCGACACUCGGCGAGUGGUAGAUCCUGAUUGAAUGAGGCUCCCUGAGCCCCCGUUCGCUCCUUUUCAUUUGUGUAGUUGGGGUGCUACAUACCUGCAGGUGGUCGGUUCAAGAUUUCUCUGCUUGGGUGCCUAUAUAAGCUGGGUGCUAUACAGUCCAU